GCCUUAUAGCCGUAUUAUGUCGCUUUCAUGCAACCUCAUUACUAAGUAGCUGUUCAUAUUCCAUUCAGUAUAAGUGGCAUGAGCGAGCCAGCACCCUUGAGCACGGCGUCAUCAGCUGGGUCGAGCGGUGCUGGCGGUGGUGCGGGCGCGCCAAGCCCGCUGCCUCUAGUACCGGAGCCGUUCUUAGCACCACCACCACCUGGGCUCCUGCACAUACUCAUGUCCUCUGAUAAAUGCCAGGAACUGAUGUGGAGUGCAAAGCAGUUACAGUUACAAGGUGAUCCGACUCUGCUACGGCCGCCACCCAAUGCGUUUGGAGCACCUUUGGCACCUACAUGGGAACUCCUGCAGGAAACAAGUGCCCGUCUCCUCUUCAUGGCAGUACGUUGGGUGCGGUGCCUGGCACCGUUUCAGGCGCUAGCAGCGGCCGACCAGCUUGUGCUGCUGCGGGCGGCGUGGAAGGAUCUGUUCCUAUUACACCUCGCCCAGUGGUCCGCGCCAUGGGACCUGGCGCCACUACUAGCAGCUCCUGCCGCUAGAGCGCGACUACCACCUGACCCUUUGGCAGAUUUGGAGCUUAAUACUUUACAGGAAAUCCUGUGUCGAUUCCGACAAAUAGCUCCAGACGGCAGUGAAUGUGGUUGCAUGAAAGCGAUCGUUCUAUUUUCUCCAGUGUUUUGUCCAGAUACACCUGGGCUCAGUGAGACACAGCCUGUGGAAAUGUUACAAGAUCAAGCUCAAUGCAUUCUCGCUGACUACGUGCGGACGAGGUAUACUCGGCAGCCUACCAGAUUCGGCCGUCUAUUGCUCCUAUUACCAUCGCUGCGUGCUGUCCGCGCGCGCUCCAUAGAGUUGCUCCUAUUCCGCGACACAGUUGGAGACGUGUCUGUGGCUACUCUACUGCACGACAUGUACCGCAUGCAGCCUGCCCCGACGCCAGCCUUCCAUCCCCCGCCUGCACAACCCACCAGUGAACACUGUUCCUCACCAUAAAUCUUUCGAUGUAGAAUUUGUGAAAUUGAAUUGAAAACAAAGUGUGGACACAGAGUAGUAAACGAAUGGAGUAAUACUGCCUGCAUUUAGGCACCUAAUAAGGUACAUUCAAUCAGUCAUAUUUAUAGCCUACUGGCGAAAGACAUACUUCCUUAGCUGGGUUUGGACAGUGUGAUUUUUAUAAAUACAAUAGGGUCACACUACACGCUAAAGUUACUCCAUUGAUUUACUAAUCUGUGUUCAGUUGCUAUGAAAAUUCAAAAAUAGUAGUGUUCAUUAAUAUAUCAUUCGAAUUUGUAGAAAAGAAGCGUACAUAUUGCGUAGAUUUCUUUCAAUUUCUUACGAUUUGGGAAGUUACCUAAGUCAAAACAAUUUCCUAUUGUUUUAAACAAAAUAAUAUCUGUAAAAUUACGGUAGCUAUGAAACAGAAUUUUUAAAUCUUCAUAUACUUAGAAAAAAUGUACUUUAUGAGUGUUACUAUCUAGUCAACCUAGUCACGUUGUAUAAAUCUGUAAAUGUUAUAUUAUUCUAUUGUAAUUAAGUAAAUUUAAGCAA